AUGAUCAUUGGUUGUGAUGUUCCCGAAGCACAUUGGGUGUUGGAUCAACGCCGUGGAAGACGGAAAGAACCCUAUGCAGUUAAAACUUUGUUAGGCUGGACUCUCAUGGGGCCAGCUCGAACCGAAGAACCAGAGAAGUUCCAUGUUCAUUUUAUCAAUCGGGAGGACAAUAACUUACAAGACCAAUUAGAGAGAAUGUUCCAGAUGGAGUUCAGCGAGACAGAUGCAAUAUCAACAACAGAAAUGUCUAUGGAAGAUCGAAAAGCUUUGUCUAUCAUGGAAAGUUCAGCGAAGCUAGUCAAUGGUCAUUAUCAAAUCGCUUUACCUUGGCGUUACGGUAUUCCAAAUCUACCAAACAACAGAAGUAUGGCCGAACAAAGAAUGAAAUCUCUUCAAUGGCGUUUAAAGAAGAACCCUAAGCUGAAAGAGAAAUACAAGAAUGUUAUCGAAGAUUACGUAGAGAAGGGGUUCGCGAGUAAAGUGAUAGAAGAACCUGCAAAACAGCUACAAAAGAAUGAAUCAAGCAGCAUUGGUCGAGUAUGGUAUCUUCCUCAUCAUCCGGUGUUUCACCCUCAAAAACCAGGAAAGGUCCGUGUUGUCUUUGACUGUGCAGCAAAGUACAAGAAUACGAGUUUGAACGAUCAGCUUCUGCAAGGUCCCGACUUCACGAACAAAUUAAUAGGAGUAUUGAUCCGCUUUCGCCUAGAGAGAAUUGCCCUAACAUCCGAUGUGGAGGCCAUGUUUCAUCAAGUUAGAGUAGAUCCCAAGGAUUGUGAUACUUUACGAUUCCUAUGGUGGCCAGACGCUGAUUUCGCAAAACCCUUAGAAGAGUAUCAGAUGCAAGUACAUCUGUUUGGAGCCACGUCAUCUCCGAGUUGUGCGGCGUUUGCAUUACGGAAGACUGCACAGGAUCAUGGAGCGGAGUUCGACAAAGAGACCGUGAAUACUGUCAACAAGAACUUUUAUGUCGAUGAUUGCUUGAAAUCGGUUCCAACAGUCAACAAAGCAGUAUCUCUUGUAAGCGAGUUAACAACGUUAUUGGCCAAAGGAGGAUUUCACUUAACUAAGUGGAUGAGCAAUAGUCGUGAAGUCUUGGCUUCAAUACCUCAGAAAGAGAGAGUGGCGUCAGUAGUCAAUUUGGACUUCGAAUCGUUACCGGUAGAGCAUGCGCUGGGUGUCUUAUGGGAUGUGGAAGACGACGUGUUUCGUUUUCGUAUCGCAGAAAUGAAAGAGAUAAAGACAAGAAGAGGGAUAUUAUCUUUGGUUAGUUCAAUGUACGAUCCAAUGGGAUUUGCUUCCCCGUUCGUUCUGCCGGCCAAGCAAGUUCUUCAACGUCUAUGUCAAGCGAAGUACGGUUGGGACGAAGUUUUGCCUGAAGAUGAAAUUGAGUUGUGGCGCAACUGGCAAGAAUCGAUAACACAAUUGAAAACCAUGACCAUUCCCAGAUGCAUCCGACAAGAUAUGUCAGCGAACCUUUGCAGAGCUGAAGUCCACAAUUUCGCGGAUGCGUCCAGAGAUGGCUAUGGGGCAGCUUCGUACUUGCGUCAAGUUGAUGAAGAAGGGAAAGUGAUCGUCUCACUUAUUGUUGCUAAGUCGAGAGUAACACCUUCGAAACCUGUGACAAUUCCUCGAUUAGAACUGACUGCAGCUGUGCUAGCUGUGAAGCUCAAUCGUCAAGUUGAAGAAGAACUAGAGAUUCCUAUUAGUCGUGUUGUAUUCUGGACUGAUUCGACUGUGGUGUUACAGUACAUUAAUAAUGAAUCCAAGCGUUUUCAGACUUUCGUGGCCAACAGAUUAGCUGUGAUUCAUGAUAUGUCAACGCCAUCGAUGUGGAGAUAUGUAGACACAAAAUCUAAUCCUGCAGAUUACGCAUCCAGAGGAUUGAAAGCUGAUGAGCAACGGAAGAUUCAUGUGUGGCUGAAUGGUCCAAAUUUCUUACGUGAAGAAGAGGAUAAAUGGCCAGAAAUGCCUGAAGGGCUUAAAGAAAUGCCAGACGAACAGUUAGAAUGGAGAAAAACAGCACAAGUACAUGAGAUUGUAACGUCAAAGGAUGGCACUGCGUUCGACAGAUUCCUGGAAUAUUAUUCAAGUUGGUAUGCUCUUCAAAAGGGUGUUGCAUGGUUCCUUCGUUAUUUGUCUUUCCUUCGUUCUACAAAGAAAUCACCUGACAAAGUUAAAGACGGUAUCGCGAAAGGACACUUGACGGUUAACGAAAUUCGUGUUGUAACUGACAAAAUCGUAAGAUACGUACAGCGUCAGAACUUUUCCGAGGAGAUUGAAACGUUGCAAACAGCUGAAACUAAGAGUGAUCGAACAAGAAAUCUGUUGAAAAGAAGUAACUUACGGAAACUAAGUCCAGUGUUACUGAAUGGAAUAUUGCGAGUCGGAGGACGCCUCGAAAGAUUCAUUAUCAUUUGA